AGCACUGUAACGUCUAAGAGGCUUGUGUGCGUUCUUUUUAUGGCUUUUGGCUUUGGGCGGGGCCCGUUCGUGUGCGGAGGGAUAGCUAUGAUCAGAACUGCGGCGCGGCGUUUGGCGGCGGGAUAUUCGGGUCCACACUGGUCUGGGUUUCGGACGCCGCAGCCCUAUAAGCGACCCCACUUCUUCGCUUCCAGCAGUGACAAGGCACAGGAGGCUUUGCAAGAGCUUUUGGGAACCUAUUAUAAUCACGAUCUCCAUGAAGCCGACUGUCUUGUCGCCUUGGGUGGCGAUGGGCACAUGCUCACGGCCAUGCAUCUUCUGCUCAAUGAGCGGCUGAAUAUUCCUGUUUACGGCAUGAAUCGAGGGACUGUCGGCUUUCUCAUGAACAACUACAAAGCGGCUGAUUUAUUUGAACGCCUGCAACAAGCACAGGUGUCCCACAUCCAUCCUUUACGUAUGACUGCUUAUGAUGUGCAUGGCGAACAGUUUCAGGCCGUGGCCAUCAACGAGGUCUCUCUCUUUCGUCAAACCCGCCAGGCUGCGCACAUUACCGUCAUUGUCGACGGUCAGGAGCGCAUGAAUAGUCUCAUUUGCGACGGCGUUUUGCUAGCCACUCCAGCCGGAUCCACGGCCUAUAACCUCAGUGCACAUGGCCCAGUGGUACCACUGGGUUCAGGUCUAUUGGCUCUGACACCCAUCUCUCCUUUUCGGCCGCGCCGAUGGAAGGGUGCAUUGCUGCGCUCGGGUUGUGAGGUCGAGUUUAUCGCCCGAAACGUGGAGAAACGGCCCGUCAGCGCCACGGCCGAUUUUGGAGAAUUUCGUCACGUGCAGCGUGUGAAAAUAUCCGAGGACGUGACCCGGCGCAUCACCAUUCUCUGCGAUCCCGCCCUGUCUUUGGAUGAACGCAUGCUUCAGGAGCAGUUUGUGUCUUAA